GAACAUUGCUAUUAUCAGGGAAAAAUUCGAGGAAAUUCUGUAUCAUUUGUUGCCUUGUCAACAUGCCAUGGAUUACAUGGGAUGUUCUAUGAUGGAAACCAUACUUACCUUAUUGAACCAGAUGAAAACUACACUUCAGAUGAUGACUUCCAUUUCCACUCUGUUUACAAAUCCAAGUUGUUUGAAUUUCCUUCAGUCGACCUGCCAUCUGAAUUCUGGCAGACGAAUAGUACAUCACAGAAUUUUGUUGUAAGGCCAAGACACAAAAGAAGGAAAAGGCAGGUUCGUCAGAUUCCACGUAAAGUUGAAGAGGAAACAAAAUAUAUUGAGUUGAUGAUUGUAAAUGAUCAUCUAAUGUGUAAAAAGCACCGCUUGUCAGUCGGCCAUACCAACAGUUAUGCUAAAUCAGUUGUGAACAUGGCUGAUCUGAUAUAUAAAGAACAACUUAACACCAGGAUAGUAUUGGUUGCCAUGGAAACCUGGGCUACUGAUAACAAGUUCACCAUAUCUGAAAACCCCUUGGUGACUCUACGUGAGUUUAUGAAAUAUAGGAGGGAUUUUAUCAGAGAGAAAAGUGACGCAGUUCACCUUUUUUCGGGGAGUCGAUUUCAGAGCAGUCGAAGUGGUGUAGCCCACACUGGUGGAAUCUGCUCCUUGCUUAAAGGCGGAGGUGUGAAUGAGUUUGGAAAGCCAGACUUAAUGGCAGUUACCCUGGCGCAGACCUUGGCCCAAAAUAUUGGCAUUUUCUCAGACAGAAGAAAACUUCUAAGUGGUGAAUGUAAGUGUGAGGACAUGUGGUCUGGAUGCAUAAUGGGAGAUAUGGGGUACUAUCUUCCAAGCAAGUUCUCCGAGUGUGAUAUUGAAGAGUAUCAUGAAUUUUUAAACAAUGGAGGUGGAGCCUGCCUUUUCAAUAAACCAACCAAACUUCUGGAUCCUCCAGAAUGUGGCAAUGGCUUUGUGGAAGAUGGAGAGGAAUGUGACUGUGGGACAAUAGCGGAGUGUGCCAGUGAAGGAGGAGAGUGCUGCAAUACUUGCACCCUGACCGCGGGCUCCCAGUGCAGCAACGGGCUCUGCUGCCGCAAGUGCCGGUUUGAACCUAAAGGAGUUUUGUGUCGAGAAGCAGUGAACGAUUGUGAUAUUGCAGAGAACUGCACAGGAAAUUCCAGCCAGUGUUCUCCUAAUAUCCAUAAAAUGGAUGGAUAUUCGUGUGAUAACAGACAGGGUAUUUGCUUUGGAGGAAGAUGUAAAACCAGGGACCGACAAUGUAAAUAUAUCUGGGGUGAAAAAGUGACGGCUGCUGACAGGUACUGCUAUGAGAAGCUGAAUAUUGAGGGGACCGAGAAAGGAAACUGUGGAAGAGACAAGGACUCUUGGGUACAGUGCAAUAAACAGGAUGUGCUUUGUGGAUACCUUCUGUGCUCCAAUAUAUCCAGUGUGCCCAGACUUGGAGAACUUGAUGGUGAAAUCACAACAUCAAUCUUGCACUAUGGAAAAGUCUACAAUUGCAGUGGUGGCCAUGUGAAGCUCGAUGAGGACACGGACCUGGGCUACGUGGAGAACGGGACGCCGUGUGGGCCGGACAUGGUGUGCCUGGACCAUCGCUGCCUCCCCACCGAGGCCUUCAACUUCAGCACCUGCCCGGGCACCACCGACAGCCAGAUUUGUUCAGGACACGGGGUUUGUAGCAAUGAAAUAAAAUGCGUCUGUGACCGAUUUUGGGGAGGAGAUGACUGCAGUGCUCAUAUCAAAGAUGAUCUAUUUUUUGAUAAGGAUGCCAUCAAUAAAGGCGUGGUUAGCACAAAUAUAAUAAUAGGGGCUAUUGCUGGCACCAUUUUAGUGUUGGCUCUCGUUUUAGGAAUAACUGCUUGGGGUUACAAACAAAUACCCCAGGGAGAUUAUGUAAAAAAGCCGGGAGAGGCCGACUCUUUUUAUAGCGACAUGCCUCCUGGAGUCAGCACAAACUCUGCAUCUAGUUCUAAGAAGAGGUCAAAUGGAUUAUCUCAUUCCUGGAGUGAAAGGAUCCCAGACACAAAACAUAUUUCAGACAUUUGUGAAAAUGGGAGGCCUAGGAGUAAUUCUUGGCAAGGUAAUAUAGGAGGAAACAGAAAGAAAGUCAGAGGCAAAAGAUUUAGGCCACGGUCUAAUUCAACUGACCGGGUAACCCAUGCAUCUGAGCCUGGGCUUUCUCUCGCCCACCAAAUCCCUGCCCAAGGCAUAAGCCCAGGGGGUUCUGACCACCCCCAAACAGGGAGUCGGGAUCACAGGACACUGUCUCCUGCAAAGUCUCCGUCUUCAUCCACUGGAUCUAUUGCUUCCAGCAGAAAAUACCCUUACCCGAUGCCACCACUUCCUGAUGAAGAGAAAAAAGUCAACAGGCAAAGUGCCAGGCUAUGGGAGACAUCCAUCUAGCUGCAGUGUUUUCCUGGGGUCACAUCAGAACUGUUUACUUUGGAUUUUAUAGGAACUCAGCAUCACUGAGUCACUGCACAUUCAUCUGCUCUUCAGACAAUUCGAAAGAUCAACAGAGAUGCCGGUGAUAACCUCCUGUCAUGUGGAAAGGAAAAAAACAGUCUUUUUUUUUUUUCUUUCUUUUUUGUUGACUUGUAUUUUAUGGAUUUUAUGAACAACCAAAAUCAUAACAUUUGACAGAGAAUAAUUAGCCCAGAUGUGACAAGGCUGUUCCGCAUGGUGACCUAGAAUCCCAGCUGCAGUCCAUUUGCCAGUCCUGUGUAAGAGAGGUUUUUCUCUGGUUUACUGCAGUCCUGAGUCAGACCAGAGUGGAACUGGGAACGUGCCUCACAGAGAGCCCAGCUGAUGUAAACUUGUACGCUGUAUGCAUGAACCUUGUGUUCUUUACUUUCCACAUGUAAGGGAAAAACAACAUACUGUAGUAGAGAUUAGCAUGCAGGAGUAAGAAAUAUAGGAUUUUUUUUUGUGACAGGAUUUCAAGCUUUGAAAGGCAACUAUUUGACACAAACAGCAAACAAACAAAGAUUAUAUCUUUUUUUUUUUUUACCUUACAUGUUUAUAAUCUCAGUAUACAGAUUGUAUAUAUGUAAACAUUCAAUAAUGUCAAAAAUAGCUGUUAUACGUAUGUGUAUUUUGCCAAAUGCCUAAAGAAACAGUCAUGACUAACAUCAUCACACUUCAGAUUUUCUAAUAUUAUGAGCAGACAUCCUUGGAAAUACAGAAAGUACAGUACUGUAAAACUGUAUCUCUCAGAAACUGGUGUUCGACCAAAAUCUAAACAACUUUUUCAGCAUCUUAUACAGUCUUGACAAUCUCAGUUGUACAGUAGACUGCGGAAACCAGUACAGGAGCACUUCAUCUUAAAUCAUCGUAAAAGGAACCAGCCAAAAUCCCUUGUUUAGUAAGAUAACCACUGUAUCCUCUCACAGGUGUAAUCAAGAAUGAUUCAGCAGACAGCAGUCUUUAAGUCAUGUGCAGCCCAACUUACUGGACAUUUGGGAAUACUUCUAAGUGGUCAAUUCAGGAUGUGGUGAUGUGAAGUCUGUGAGAGUUGCUGUGUAUUUUUGAUAGAGCAUUUCAGACACUGUUUUAGAUGGCAAGGCAUAGGCUUAUGAGAUGCAUAACGAUUUCACUGCACUAGAUAAUAACAGUGCUGGGCAAGUGGCCAGUUUCAUUGCUGUCUUUCAAUUUUUAUUUGUUUGGAAUCGCAUUUACCAUGUGCUUGAAUGCUAUGCUUGCUGCCCCUGAAGCCCCCUUGACAAUUUUUUGGGGCAUUAAACUGAGCACAAAUGAAUUUAGCUUAAAAAGAAUAGGGGGGGAACAACUCUUUACCAUGUUAAUCUUGUCUGUAAGUUGAUGUUAUAUUUCUAACACCCAAGACUUCUGAAGGUUGUUGUAAAGCAAACGCCUUCUGGUUGGGAAUUUUCAGUUAGUGAGAAACUGGACCAUAUUAAAUCAGUUUAUAGUUCUCUGGUUUUCCAAAACUGACUACUUCUUAGCUUCAGGUAGUACCAUUGCAAAAUAAAACACCUGACUCUGUGGUGCAGUUGAAUACCCUACCCAACAGCUGUAUGAUUAAUUAGAUAUUAUUGUAAUGGGAACAUCUACGGUGUUUCUGAAUCUUCUACCUCUUUCAUGUAUUUCCUUUAGUAAGUGAACCCAACACUUGCAGCCUUUUAAUGUAUUUUUUUAACUUUUACGUCUCUCAAUAAAGUCAGAUAUAUGUAAGAUUAAAUUAAUAAAUGCUUAAAGAUGUUGGCAGCUGUAAAAUAUGUAAGAUUUUUAGAAGCACUAUAUUUUAUGAUUAGGCUGUAUGUAUGAUUAUAACAAAAUAUUGGCCUUGGCAUUCAAAUUAUUUUCUCACAGUCAACAGGUUCUGGUAAGUAUUUGGAAAAAGACAAAUAUAAGUGAGCACAAGUGGGUGCAGACUGACCAUCUGGAAAGAGACAGUCCCUGGUAAUUGCUUUAGGGACAGAUUCUGCAUUUUUGUGAAAGGUAAAUAUAUCAAUCAGCACUGAAGAUUAUUUUUUGCAAAGAUUUACUUUGAGUGUAGCUUUCUGGAUUAAACAUAGUUGAUAGCAUGUAGCUUAUGAAAUUAGGGUCUGAGCCAUAACAUGAAAUCAAUGUGUCUUUCGUUGAUUUCACUGGACUUUGAGCAGGACCCUCAAGAGGUUCACCCACAUUAGGACAUUAUGAUAACCUGAUCAUCGCUGUAUUACUGUCACCUGGAAGCUGGUUUUCCCUCCCAUAUUCAUAUCUUGUCUUUAGUAACUGGACUGUUCAUCAUGUGCCUUUUAUGGUAUUUUUUUGAUACAAACUGGCAUGUAGUUUUGAAUGAUCCCAUUAGAUUUCUGUGCAUAUCUUAUGUUUUUCAGUGUUUACUCUUCCCUUUCCAUUUUGCCUUACCAAGAAGCAGCAAGAUUUGGCAGACAGAACAGGAGAUAACAUGUAGGCUCUUUCUGCUAUGUUCAUAGCUUGUUUUGCAAACAAAUGCCCCUCCUGACUGUAUUUUCAAUGUAGUAUGUACUCCCAGCUUCUUUUGUUGUGGUAUAAUUCAUUUGUAGCAUAUGAUGAUACACUUACGUGUGUAGUGUACCUUUAACAGUCUCCCUCACAUUUGGAGAUAUGUAGUGACUGGAAGUCUAGUUCUGAGCACUAAGUUUAAGUUAAAUAAAUGUUGGCUUUCACUUUGGUGGUCUAGCGUGAGAAUAUCACAGGGCUUGUGUUCUUGCAAAAUUCUUCUGCAGAGAACUUUGCAUCAGGUUGGUAACUUGGGAGACCUGAACUGGCAGGGCUGUGUGAGCCUCCCAGGCCAGUGGAGGUUGGACAGAGAAGCUGUUUUCUUACAAAGCUGUCAUUUCCUACUUUUAAAAUGUAGUAUGUUGGAAAGCUGCCAGAUUAAUAACCUUGAAGAUUGCAAAUAUUUUUAUCCACUGUAGUUAGUUACGCUGGCAAUAGCAAUAUAAACUGCUGCAUAAUACCUCAUCCAGACUAAAAUAGAGUACUUGUCACUAAUAUAGCUCAGUCAUUUUGACUAAUUGAGACUCAUGCUUUUAUUUUGGUUUUAUUUUAAUAAAUGGACUAGUUAAUUGCCAACUGUGCUGUAGAUGCCUGUUGAAGUAAGUAAGGAAGCCAUCAGUUUUCAACCAGAAGUAAUUGUUUAUAUGAGCAUAGGACUGGCCGGAUGAAUAUACUUAAUAUAAUACCUUUAUGUAUUUCAAUGUGGGAAAAGAACCUUGUGUAAUUUAUAAUAAAAUAAUGUGACUAACUGAUGGA